UUUGAUAACGCGUUACGCGUUCCUUUUCAUAUUUCUAUUUUCUAAUUGGCAUUUGAGAAAAGAAUUGUUAAUUUUUUAGUUAAAAAAUUGUUUAUCAUCAAGGCAUCUACCGAUUCAUUGACCAACGAACUUAUAACCUGAAGUCACGUCAGUCAUCAAUACAUAAUGCCUAAAAAUAAAGGAAAGGGAGGUAAAAAUCGUAGGCGUGGUAAAAACGAAAAUGAAACCGAGAAGCGUGAAUUGGUAUUCAAAGAAGAUGGCCAAGAAUAUGCUCAAGUUACCAAAAUGUUGGGAAAUGGUCGUUUAGAAGCUAUGUGCUUCGAUGGUGUUAAACGACUUUGUCACAUACGAGGAAAACUUCGGAAAAAGGUGUGGAUUAAUCAAGCUGAUAUAGUAUUAAUAGGUUUACGUGAAUAUCAAGACACAAAAGCUGAUGUAAUUUUGAAGUAUACACCAGAUGAAGCUCGUAACUUGAAAACAUAUGGAGAAUUUCCAGAAACUGUUCGCAUCAAUGAUACUGUCACGUUUGUUGAUGAUGGAUUGGAUGAAGAUAUUGAAUUCGGAGAUGAUAUUAGCGAUGACGAAGAAGCAGACAAUGCUGUUGAUAAUAUUUAAAUUUAUUUCAAAUAGUAUGUUAGCUGUACGGUGAUGUCAUUUGUCUAAGAAUCAGAUUAUAAUCAACAACAAAUUUAAAUAAAUAUAUACUUACGUGAUUAUUAA